AGACGUUCUUGCGACGAUGUUCAACCACAAGCGCCGCACAUGAGGUACGGAGCUCGGGAGCGAUUAGGUCAAAGUUUGAGAAUCCACGAUUGUACCCAGAAGUUUAUUGAUCCCUGGUCGGCCCCAUUUUGCUUCCGCGGACACUUGCGUACGGCGUCUAUUCUUGUGCUUCACUGCAUUCUCAAGCUUUAGUCAUACCUGCCUGCCUGCCAUCCCUUUAUGUCUUGAUUUCCUCUAAUUCUGGCUUGCCUGAGGCACACCGUACCAAUGUACACAUCAUGAAAAUCUAAUGUCACCAUUGAGCAGCCACACGCCACACGCCACUCGGCUGUCAACCACUCAUAAGUGGCAUAUCAUGUUGUUCAAUGUCUGCGAUGGUUGUGGGAAGGACUUUCCCCUCAAGGAACCCAACAGAGACUGCAAGAUAUGCAUCGCUCUUGAUGCCUUGCCUAAGGAGGACGCAGAAAAUAUCAAGGAAGUGGAGGCCCGACGAAAUUCGCAAUGCCGAGUUUGCGGUAUCUACUUUCGACGAGAAAUUAUUGUAUGCUCUCCUUGCAUUGAUCAUUUAUCGAAACAUGGGACUCCGGAACGCGUAUUUAGGGAUCCGGUCAUCGCUGAAACGCUAGCUCAUUUCAAUAUACGACCUUCCGGUAGUAUUCUCCCUGCACCAUCACAUCCUCCACCACUCCCCACAACCACUCAGGCUCCAGUGGAUAGUGUACCAACACUGCGUCCGGACGAUAUUGUUACUAGACUCGACAUGCGGGUCCAGCACCAUCAUCAAAGUGUCUUAAACCAGCGCCUUGCAAAAGCGUAUCAGCAGAGAAUUGCCACAGUCAAAAGGCAAACAAUCAGGGUUUACGUUCUUGGUUUUCGUAGUACUGAGAAGAAUAAAUUGGUGCAGCUCAACCCCUUGCGACUUUGUGAAACAUAUGAGAACAAGACUCUCGUGCCCGCAGUGGAGGCUGCCCUCCUUUCCGAAUUUUGUCGGAGUCAUGGCAAGUUAUAUCCUUCAUUGCCGGAGAUCGAAAACGACAUCCUCACAUUCUACUGGCAUGUAAAUGAUAAACGAUAUGCGAUACUCUCAAUGUCCGAGUGGAGCGGGAACACCAUUGCCGAGUUAUUCAAUCACCUUGCUCUCAGGGCCUGCAUUAGCCCAGAUGGUGUCAAGGAGCGGCGGAUUACUUUGCGCAUCUGCUAUGACUUGAGCAGGCUUGUCCCUGCAUCCCCAAAGAAAGGUAGGAAAAGGAAGGGCUUCAUCCCGGAGGAUUCGGAGGAGAGUGACUUGAGAUCGAAACGUCUGCGCUCGCGCACAUCCGAGCCACUCUACAAGAGGAUGCCAUGGGUGGACCCCUUAGCCGAUGUCAUAUCCCGCCCGAGUGAAGUCAAAUCCUGCUUACAGGUGGAGCCAUAGUGAUUUUUUUUUUCCAUUUGGGUUAUUAUUACGCGCCAUGCAGACGAUCGAGAAUGACCGGCAUAAGAAGUGGGGUUUUAAAGACUUUGGUGCAGCAGUGGCGGCAGGGGCGUGACAAUCCGAAACUUGUCGGAGACAAUGCAAGAGAACCAGAGGUGCCCAAUAUUAACACUUGACAGCA